CCUCUCUGGCUCUCAGGACCGUCGCCUGACACGGAAGCCUCUGUCGAAAUGUCAUGAAGGAACGCCGCUGCAGCCCUGGCUUAUUUUAUUCCACUUUUCCAACAUUUUGGAAAUUUGCAUUCAGUCAACACAUCAGGCCAGGGGAUCGGUGUACAUUUUGACUGACUGCUGCGAAUGACAACUCAAAGGUCGGUGUUUUUAAACGCAGCUGUGGUCCAGAUAGCAUCUCUACCGCGGAAGGAAGCUGGGCUUCGGGGAUCAUGGUAGAAAGCGCCGGUGAAGUUGGUCGAUAGCGGCGGGGAUAGCUUCAAUUUCGGAGGGCGAGGUAGCAGCAGCCACACAAUCGGCAGCUCGUUAGCAGCUAGCCUCGGACCGAAGGGGAGCCCGCUCCGGGAGCACGACUGCAGCACCAUGGACAGCUCAGAUAUGGAGGCCAACUAUGGUGGCGGUCUGCUGGACAUGGUGAAGGGCGGCGCCGGGAAGUUCUUCAGCAACUUCAAGGACAACCUGAAGGACACACUUAAGGACACCUCCACCAAGGUCAUGCACCAGGUUGCCACGUACACAAAAGGGGAGCUGGAUAUUGCUUACAUCACGUCACGAAUUAUAGUGAUGACCUACCCAGCCGAGUCGGCACAAAUUGGCUAUCAGAACCACGUGGAAGACAUCCGCUCCUUCUUAGACAGUCGCCAUGCCGACCACUACACAGUCUUCAACUUAUCACAGCGUAACUACCGUGGAGCCAAGUUCUCCAACCGGGUUUCAGAGUGCAACUGGCCUUCCAGGCAGGCACCAAGCCUACACAACCUGUUUGCUGUGUGUAAAAACAUGCACAACUGGCUCAAGCAGAACCCCAAGAACGUGUGUGUCAUCACCUGCUCGGACGGUCACGCCCCCUCCGGCGUGCUGGUGGGUGCCAUGUUCUGCUUCUGUCACCUCUUCGCUAACCCGGUGCCCGCCAUGCAGCUCCUCAGCGCCAAGAGGCCAGGCUCUGGACUCUGGCCAUCCCACCGCAGGUACAUCGGCUACGUGUGUAGCAUGGUGUCGGAGAGGCCCAGUCUGCCGCACUCCAAGCCCCUGGUGAUCAAGACCCUGACAAUGAGCCCCGUGCCCUGCUUCAACAAGCAGCGCAGCGGCUGCAGGCCCUUCUGUGACGUCCUUAUCGGAGAGACCAGGAUCUUCAGCACAGCGCAGGACUAUGAGAGGAUGAGGGAGUACCGUGUGCAGGACGGGAAGGUGGUGUUCCCCCUGGGCGUGAGUGCCCAGGGGGACGUGGUGAUCUCCCUCUACCAUAUGAGGUCCACCAUCGGGGGCCGCCUGCAGGCCAAGGUGUCCAACACCCAGAUAUUCCAGAUGCAGUUCCACACUGGCUUCAUAGAACCCGGCAGCACCAUGUUGAAGUUCAACAAACCAGAGCUGGAUGCGUGCGAUGCUCCUGAAAAGUACCCAGAGUUGUUCAGCAUCAUGGUGGAGGUGGAGGUGGAGGCCACAGACAAGCAGAAGGACCUCACCCCGCCCUGGGAGCAGUUCCCCUGUAAAGACCUUGGCCCAAACGUCCUCUUCACCUGUCACCAGGAGCACCAGGACGCCCUUGCUAUAGCUGAGCCUAGCCGGCCCCCCGGCGGUCCGGAGGGCCGGGGCCACGGGGAGGAGAGCGAACCCUCGGACGAUGAGAUCCUCUCUCUCUCCAGCCAUCAGAGCAUCACCAGCACCACCGCCGCAGCAAAACCCUCCUCCACCACCUCCGCUGCCACCUCGGUGGAGGCCGACCUCCUGGGUCUCGGCGGGGCGGCCAUGGACCCGGCCGGGCAGCCGUCUCACACCGCCUCCGUUGCUAACAACAACACCAACACCACUACUGGUGCCGCCGCUACCACAGACCUGCUGGGGGACCUGUUUGGGACCCAGUCCUCACCGGCCAGUGCAGCCUCCUCUGCCAAGUCCACGCCACACAAAGUGGCGGCAAGCGGGGCCUCUCCCUGCCCCUCGCCCGCACCAGCAGCGUUCAACCCGUUCGGAGCCGCCCCCACACCAAAGCCCCUGGAGCUGAUGGGCUCCAUCAUGGGACCAGGUCGAGGUUCCCCAGUUCCACCCACCACCCCUACUGUCAACGUCCAGCAGCAGAACGCCAUGGGAGGUUGGGACUGGAACAGACCGGCAGGCGCAGCAGGCUUUGGCGUGGGCAGUCGCUCGGCAACAAGCAGUCCCACAGGCUCCGUCCACAGCACCCCGACCCACCAGUCCAAGCCAAACACGCUGGACCCUUUUGCUGACCUCGGCAGCCUCGGAGGAGGCUCCGGCUUUUCCAGUAAGCCCACCACCCCAACGGGCACCACCCCGGUCUUCCCACCCAUGGGCUCCCCCUCCAGGCCCCCCCCCUCCCCGCAGCAUGUUGGGGGCUGGCCGACGCACGCCGGGGUUGUGGGCUUCCCCUCUUGGCAGCCUGGUAGUGCUGGUGCUGGUAGUGUUGGGCCGGCAGUGGCUGGAUGUGCUCCUGGUGGUGGAGGUGUCGCUGGUGGGAUUGGGUGUGGUGGAGCUGGUGGGUGGCCGCACCCGGGCCCACGCCCACAGUCCAAGCCCAGCCCCAGCCACACCCCCAUAGCCCACGGCUCUCCCCAGAACAGACCCAACUACAACGUCCACUUCAAUCCGAUGGGCGGAGGCUCCCCAGGUGCUGUGGGGCAGAAGGCCUCGGCUGGGAUGCCAGCUCCUAGACCAAAGGUGUCAAAUGCCAACUUUGAUGACCUGCUGUCUGGUCAGGGCUUCUGCGGGACCAAGGAGAAGAAGGGACCCAGGACAAUAGCUGAGAUGAGGAAGGAGGAGAUGGCCAAAGAGAUGGACCCUGAGAAGCUCAAGAUCCUUGACUGGAUCGAGGGUAAGGAACGCAACAUCCGCGCGCUGCUGUCCACCAUGCACACGGUGCUGUGGGAGGGGGAGACGCGCUGGAGGCCCGUUGGCAUGGCUGACUUGGUGACCCCCGAGCAGGUGAAGAAGGUGUACCGCAAGGCCGUUCUCGUGGUCCAUCCGGAUAAGGCCACUGGCCAGCCCUACGAACAAUAUGCCAAGAUGAUUUUCAUGGAGCUCAAUGACGCCUGGUCAGAAUUUGAUAGCCAAGGACAAAAGCCUCUCUACUGAGCGACCCAGUGAGACGACAUGUGGAGCAGAGAGAGAGAGAGAGAGAGAGAGAGAGAGAGAGAGAGAGAGAGAGAGAGAGAGAGAGAGAGAGAGAGAGAGAGAGAGAGAGGAUCCCAUUUACUUUCCUCCUGCCACCACUGAUCUUAAUACUAUCGCUGCUCCGCUCACAUCUGCCUUCAUAUCAGUUGUUUGGACCCCCAGCUUGUCUUCAUUCCCAGCUCCACCACCAUCCUCUCUACCAUGACAAAGACUUGAUAAUGACAAUAAUGAUAGAUAAUGACAAGUACUGUGUCCAGACUAAUAGAGUUAGAGAAUCACGAAGAACCAACCCUAGCCCCUCCAACAGCUACCCCGUCCUAAUAUAGUGUAGUGUCCGGGGCAACAAUGUCUGUCCGUUUGCAUGGUCCCUCAUACCACAGCCCUGAAGCAAUGCACCCUGCAGAGCAACAGCCCUCAACGACAAGACAAACUCCAGCAGACAGAGAUUCCAACCAAGUGAAUGGAAGAGGCCUUGACCCAAUGAAGAGCAUUAGGAGUAGCAUGGUGUAUCACAUGCUGGUUCUGAGAAUGGAUCACCGGUUAUAGGGUUGUGGUUGUUGUUGUUGUUGUUGUUGUUGUGGGCAUAUGCCCAUAGUGGAAGAUUGAACCCAGCAGGGCCCCGUUUCCCGAAAGUGGAUCGUGAAGUGCGUCGUACGAGCAUCGUACAGAUUUCCCACCGUUUCCCGAAAGCAUUGUUGGUAACGAACGUCGUGAAAAU